AUGAUUAGCAAUUUGAGUGAAGAUACUCUCGAAGGAGCUCCGGAAUAUUUGAAAAAAGAGUGAGUUACCCGGAAAAUAUGAAUUUACAAUCUUCUAAUCUUUAGUGCAAUUCGUUGGAGCUCGGCAGCUCAACUCUAUGAUGAACUGCAGAGAAACGAAUCGGGAGGACACCAAAAAGAGAGCCACUUUUCGACGCACCAUCGAGUUUUCAAGAAGAAAAAGUGCAGAAGUCGUGAGUGAAAUUUCCAUUAACAAAUUUCUCUACAUUCUCCAGAUGAUUUCCGUUACAAACUAUACUUUAUGGGCGCUGCUCCCGUCAAUUUAGUGCUGCUUAGACUACAAACUAUACUUUAUGGGCGCUGCUCUCGUGCAUUCAGGGCUGCUUAGAGUACAAACUAUCUUUUUUGGGCGCUGCUCCUGUGAAUUUGGUUGAUAAUUGUCAAUUUAAAAUGAAAAAUAGUGCUUUCCUGAGUAUUGUAGGUCCACAAUAUUCUUUAGCUGCUGUAUAACUCCCAUAAUUCCAGAAUACCACUCCCCGGAACGUCUGUCCCCCGGCCAUCGCCGUCUGUCGCACAAUCACCUGUUUGGAGGCAGUCUGAUGGAAAUGACCGCUCAUUUGAACGGGUAUGUUUUAUGA